GUUUUCAGAUCAGAGCAGCCCCAAGCCAAGCCCUCUGUGGCCUCGAAACCCUGGAAGCCCUGGCACGCGCUUCUCUAUGACAGUGCUGCAAACAGGGCUCGUAAAAAAAAAAAAAAACGGGGGAGGAUGACCGGAAGUUGUUUUAGUCACAUGACCUCUUCGCUGCGGUAGGUUCAGGGCGUGGCUGGUACCCGAAAUAGGGGAGCGGCUUGGAGACAUUCCUUUUCGUGUGUUGGCUCCUCACACGAAGAAAAGCCCUGCUUACGUUGCCGCCUAGUGGAGACCCGCCGCGUUGCGGGCACUUGUCCACUGGUUUCUGUCUCUUGAGGGGUAAUGACUUCUUAAACGUUGCCCUUGGACAGAAUUCGAGUCAUCAGGAACUGUCAGUUUCCGUCACUGAGCAUCUCUCAUCAAAUAGAUUCUUCUUUUCCGUGCCUAGGAAGUCUCCAGAGCCUCCAUAUGCUGCAUAACCCGCUGGUCUUCCCAGGGGAAAGCUUUCCCUGACCUUCUCUGGGGAAGGCAUCUCCCCUGGGAUCUAGGGCUGACAUCUCUUUCCCUCCAGCAUAACUGUGAGACCCUCAACGGUGGGGACUGUAUCUCAUGGGUCCUCCUAUGUACAGGGUCUGGUCCAGAGAGGACCCCAUUAAUCAUUCACUCUACAUUUACGGAGUCUGUCUUGUACUAUAUAUUGGGCUCUGUGCUACGUACAGACUUAGCAGUGAACAAGAUGCGGACCCUGCCCUCCAGGAGCCCACAGUUUGGGGAGAUAGAAAGUUAACAGUGGCUUUAGUUGGAGGGACAGGUGGUUGAGGAAGGACACCAAGGAGGUGACAUUUGAACCAAAGCCAGAAAGCUAAGAAAGGCCCCAUAUGUGAACUUAUGGGGGGAGGCCAUUUCCCCACUGCCCGCCAUUGAGAGAACAGCUGGUGUAAAGGCCCUGAGGCUGGAAAUGAGCCAACUUAAUUGGAGAAACAGAGCAUCCCUCUUGACAUCCUUGAAAUUCCCACUUGGAUCUCAAAUUCACCACCUCAGCCUUCUCUCCACCUCACCCAGAUCUUGCUGCAGCCUUACACAUCUCAGCAACAGCCCUCACCGACCAGGCUAAAAACUGGGGAGUUGAGUUUGACGGCUGCCCAUCUCACAACCUACACCUAUUCCCCAGCACAUCCGCCAAAUUCUCCCUACAAAAUAGGUCCCAAAUCCAAGUGCUCUUCUGUCCGUUUUUUAAAACAGGGAUAAUUUCUGGGCCUCACUUAAAAAUGUCACUUCCUCCAGGAGGCCUGCCCUUAUCACUCACUCUUGCCCUUACCUUGCUUGUGUUGUUUUCAUAGCACUUAAUACAUUGUGUUUGCUCUUGUUUUCUGACUAGAAGGGAAGCUCUGUGAGGGCAGGAGUUUGUCUGGUUUCACUGCCGAUCCCCUUACACUGAGCAGUGCUGGACACAUAUUGGGAUCUCAACAAACAUAAUGAAUGAAUGAAUGAAUGAAUGAACGAACAAAUGAAACAAACACACACAAGGGCACCAGCAUGAUCCAUGAGGAAUGAAGCAGGGAGAGGUUAAUAAAUGAAUUCAGAGCGAGCAGAAGGUACCAGACCAGGCAGGACCUAUGGGCUGUAGUAAGGAGGGCGGGUUUUAUUCUAAGAGGGUGAGAAAACUCUGGAGAAUUUUAAAAAGGAAGUGAGAGACUCCACAUAAGAUUCACUCUCUUAACCAUUUUCAGUGCACAGGUCAGUGGCAUUAAGCACAUUCACCAUGUUGUGCAACCAUUACCACCAUUCACCUCCAGAACAUGUGUAUCUUCCCAAACUCUGUCCCUAUAGAACACAAGCUCCUCAUCCCCCUCCCCCUGGGGAAAAGGUACCCACCAUUUUACUUUUUGUCUCUAUGAUUUGGCUCCUCUAGGGACUUCAUAUAAUAGAAUCAUAAAUGUGUCCUUUUGGACUGGCUUACUUCACUCAGCAUAAUGCCCUCAAGGUUCAUCCAUGUUAUAUUCUGAGUUAUUUUUUAACAGUUCCCACCACCUGCCUUGAACAUAGGGGCAGUGGCUGUGGGAGGUCAGGAAAGACCAGGGUAAGGACAACUGCACUGGUCCAGUGAGUGAAGAUGGAGUGGGACUUGGGUGAGGUGGAGAGAAGUGACCAGACUGAGGACCUAAUUUGAAGGUUGAUCAGCUGACUCUUAAGAAAGGAUUAGAUGUGGGGAUACUGAAUAGAGAGGGGUAAAGGAGUUUGAGAUUUUAGCCAGGGCAGUUAGGUGGAUGGUGGUGAAGGACGCAGAAGGUCCAGAGGGAAAGGCAAUCCAGAGCCCAGCUUUGGCCACGUUAGGUGAGAGACACUAGAGAGAUGGGUGGGUGAACGGAGGAGGCCAGAGGGUCCUCAGAUGGAUCUGAGGUCAGGAACGGGGUUGGGAUGGGGCAAAGGAAGCCAUCAGCAUAAGCGAGUGGACUGAGUCACCCAGGCUGUGCAUCCCAGGCGGUGAAUGUAGACGGAGAAGAGAGGCAGAGCUGCACCCAAGCCCAGGGACACUCUGCACAUUGGGAGACAGAGGCUGGCAAAGGAGGGUGUUGGGGCUACUUAGCAGGGGAGCAAGCAGAUGUCCGGCAAGGUAGCUGUCGGCAGCGACAUCGGGCAGGCCCGCCGGGCGGUGGAGCAGCUGAGGAUGGAGGCCGGCAUUGACCGAAUGAAGGUGAGGCUGGGGGCAGAUGGACACAUCUGGGGGAGGGGCCAAGGGACAGGCCAAGGUCUGGCUGACUGGGCUGGUCUACAGGUGUCCAAGGCAGCCUCUGACCUGCUGCAGUUCUGCUUGGAGCAGGCCAAGAGUGACCCGUUCCUGGUGGGCAUCCCAGCUGCCACCAACCCCUUCAAGGAGAAGAAGCCUUGUGCCAUCCUGUGAUACUGGCCCUGAGGACCACUCAAUAAACAUGAAAUAAAUGCUC